UCUACAUGCAUGUGCCCCUCAAAAUCAUAUAAAAGCUUAUAACUUCGACCCAUAAUUUCGAUUGAAUUAAGAAAAGGAAGCCAUUUUUCUGCAAAUCUCUUCGCUUAUGGCUUCCUUUUUCACAUCGCCAUUGACAAAACCCAAACCAUUCUUCCUAUGUUCUUCAUCUUUUCCUCACCCACGAAAACUGGACAUAAGGACAACGCUUAAUCUCAACCAUGAGACCCCAAAUUUCAGCAAAACAUCCUCAAAUCGUCGAAUGCUUGGUCUCGGGCCGAGUUUCUUCGCAUUCCCUGAAAAGGGUAUCAGACGAAACGUGUCUGCAGAAGCAGAAGCAGAAGCAGAAGCGGCGAAUUACGGAAGAAUCCUUCUAUCCGACGUGGUGGUGAAGAGGAAGAGAAGGGUAUUUUGGGGAAGGAGAUGGAAUUCCCUGGAUGUGGGAACUGCCGCAGUUGUCGUGGCGAUGCAUCUGCUUAGUUUGUUUGCGCCGUUUCAGUUCAAUUGGUCGGCUUUUUGGGUCGCCUUUGGUCUGUACGUCGUCACUGGUCUUCUGGGUAUUACCCUGUCUUACCAUAGGAAUUUGUCUCACAAAAGCUUCAAGCUUCCCAAAUGGCUCGAGUACUUGUGUGCUUAUUGUGGAGCUCAAGCUCUUCAGGGGAACCCUAUAGAUUGGGUGAGCACACAUAGGUACCAUCAUCAGUUCUGUGAUUCAGAGAGAGACCCUCAUAGCCCCAUUGAAGGCUUUUGGUUCAGCCACAUGAGUUGGUUGUUUGACACAGAUUCAGUAGCUGAAAGGUGUGGAGGGCCUAGUAAUGUGGGUGACCUGGAGAAGCAGCCCUUCUAUCAGUUUCUUCGAAGCACUUACAUUUUGCACCCCGUCUUUCUGGCCUCGAUCUUAUAUUCGUUGGGCGGAUUUCCUUUCGUGGUGUGGGGAAUGGGAGUAAGAGUCAUAUGGGUGUAUCAUAUAACAUGGCUGGUGAAUUCGGCAUGCCAUGUAUGGGGGAAGCAGGCUUGGAAAACCGGGGAUUUGUCCAGGAACAACUGGUGGGUAGCGGUUCUUGCGUUCGGGGAAGGGUGGCAUAACAAUCACCAUGCGUUCGAGUUCUCGGCCCGACAUGGACUAGAAUGGUGGCAGAUAGACAUGACUUGGUACCUUGUUAGGUUCUUACAAGCCGUUGGAUUAGCCACCAAUGUUAAGUUGCCUUCUCAAGCUCAGAAAGAGAGAAUGGCUUUGAGCUAAACUGUUCCUUUGAGUUCUCUCUUUCUUGUCUACAGGGAUGUCCAAUUGGAUUCGGACACGUGGUCUCAACGGUUUAGAGUCCGGUCAACGAUUAUAAAUAUGUGGGUUUAUCUAUUACUGCGUAAUGAAUAUCUAAUGAAUCCUUUAAGAAGUGAAGAGUCAUGUAUAAACCAAAUGAAUAUGGUUUCUUUUUAAUGAAA